AUGGGCUGCUCCAGCAGCGGGCUCCGUGCGGAGGGCGGGGCGCGGCGGCGGCGUCAGUCUUACAGCCCCCUGGCGCCGCCAGAGAGCGCCGAGCCCGGCUCGGAGGCCACGCCAGAGGAAGCCCGUGGAGUUCUGGCGCAGGCUGUCACCACGCUCGAGCGGCGGAACUCGCUGACGGACUGCACCGUGACGGAGGUGAUCCCCCCGUCGCUUGCCGACAGGACGUGCCUGCUGGGCCCCGCCGCGCCCUGCGAGGACGAGGGCGCCUCCUGCGGGCGGCAGCUGCGCGACGCGGGCGGCCUCGCCUGCGCCCCCGCGGCCGGCCCCGUGGCCGCAG